CACCCUUUCUCUCUCCCUCAGGCUGGUGACUAUGGUGGUGACACUGCGAGACUGGGCGCAUAAGAGUCUCCAUGAAGAAGAGGAACGUCCGGACUCCUUCCUGGAACGCUUCAGGGGCCCCGAGCUCCAGAUGGCCCCCAGCCGGAUCAGCACCACUGGACCCGAGCCGGGCGGCUCCGACAGCAAUGUGAAAACUAAAAAAAAGUCUGAUGCUUUCGUUAUGGCCCCUGCGGAUGAUCUGUAUUACCGCUGGCUGUUCGUCAUCGCUGCUGCGGUACUUUACAACUGGUGCCUCCUAAUGGUCAGGGCCUGCUUUGAUGAGCUCCAGACCAAUAACUACAUUCUGUGGCUGGUGAUGGACUAUGUAUCAGAUGCUAUCUACAUACUGGAUGUAUGUGUGAGGCUACGCACAGGAUUCCUGGAGCAGGGUUUGCUUGUUAAGGACCUCACCAAGCUGAGGGACCACUACGUCCGCACUCUGCAGUUUAAACUGGACGUGGUGUCCAUCCUUCCAACAGACCUGGCGUACAUCGCACUGGGCAUCCACGCUCCUCUCCUUCGCUUCAACCGGCUGGCGCGUUUCUCGCGCAUGUUUGAGUUCUUCGACCGCACAGAGACACGCACCAACUACCCAAACAUGUUCAGAAUCUGCAACCUGGUGCUCUACAUCCUGGUCAUCAUCCACUGGAACGCCUGCAUCUACUUUGCCAUCUCUAAGUCCCUGGGCUUCGGUUCAGACCAGUGGGUGUACCCAAACAUCACAGACCCAGAGUUUGGAACCUUAACCCGUUGUUAUGUCUACUGUCUCUAUUGGUCCACUCUGACACUCACUACCAUCGGUGAGAUGCCUGCCCCAGUCCGUGACGAGGAGUACCUUUUUGUCGUCUUUGAUUUCCUUGUAGGGGUUCUUAUAUUUGCCACCAUUGUCGGUAACGUGGGCUCCAUGAUCUCCAACAUGAAUGCCACACGAGCGGAGUUCCAGGCGCGCAUCGACGCCAUCAAGCACUACAUGCAGUUCCGCAAGGUCAGCAAGGAGCUCGAGGCCCGCGUCAUCAAGUGGUUCGACUACCUGUGGACCAAUAAGAAGGCCGUGGAUGAGCAGGAGGUGCUGAAGAAUCUGCCCAACAAGCUGCGGGCGGAGAUCGCCAUCAACGUGCACCUGGACACACUGAAGAAGGUACGCAUCUUCCAAGACUGCGAAGCAGGCCUGCUGGUUGAGCUGGUUCUCAAGCUGCGGCCCCAGGUCUUCAGCCCAGGGGACUACAUCUGCCGCAAGGGUGACAUCGGCAAGGAGAUGUACAUUAUCAAAGAAGGACGUCUGGCAGUGGUGGCAGACGACGGCAUGACGCAGUAUGCUCUCCUGACCUCGGGCAGCUGCUUCGGCGAGAUCAGCAUUCUCAACAUCCGAGGGAGCAAGAUGGGCAACCGCAGGACGGCCAACAUCCGCAGCAUCGGCUACUCCGACCUCUUCUGCCUCUCAAAGGAUGACCUGAUGGAGGCCGUCAUGGAGUACCCCGAUGCCAAGAAGGUUCUGGAAGAGCGGGGCCGCGAGAUCCUCCAGAAGGAGGGCCUGCUGGAGGAGCUGAGCUUGGGUCUGGGUGUGGAGGAGAUGGAGGAGAAGGUGGAGCGGUUGGACGCAUCGCUGGACACCCUGCAGACGCGCUUCGCUCGGCUCCACAGCGAGUACACGGCCACGCAGCAGCGGCUGAAGCAGAGGCUAACCACGCUCGAGCGACAGCUGCGACACGCGGGCAGCGGCUUCCUCUCUGAUGGCAACGAAAGCACGUUUGAAGGAGAUGGAACACACAGCGAAGUUAACAUUCAUCUCUGAAUGGACAGAGCGCUAAUGACUGGGUACAACUGGACAUUUCAAUCAGGCCUGGUUUUUGGUCUUUCCACUUUUUUUUCAUUUUGUUGGUGGACUGUGGUGCUGUACAUUCCAAAACUUGUCUUUUUCUUAGAGAAAAACACAUUCAGUUUUAAUGAAAUACAUUUUUUGGAUGAAAAUGUUUCCUGUCUCUUCUGAGAAUGGACAGAAUAAUGUUACAUGGCUAGGAAGUUCCUCUUUGAUUGGAACAACUCUCUCUGGCUUUGGAAAUGUUUUAGCUACAGACUUUAAUAAUUUGGAACCUAAUAAGUGUUCACAUGAGACAAGGUUUAAAUUUGCACUCUUGUGAUUUUAAAAUGUACAAUGAUGUGUCUGUGAAUCAAGCAAUAAACAUACAAGAAUAUAAACACAGAUAUACUGAAGAUAAUAAAUGGCUAUCAACAACAGUUUUUGUGUAAACACACUUUCACCUGUAGGGGAGAGCGGGGUAAGAUGAGCUGUUUUUUUUUUUUUUUUAACUUAAGUUGACCUAUAGCCAAGGGAAUAGGAGGCAGAAAUAAAACAAUGCAUAAAGCACAAGUUCAGGGUGUGUGCCAUCAAUGAAACCUUAGCAGUAUGCCUAACUCCAAUAGACAAGUUCAGGGUGUGUGCCAUCAAUGAAACCUUAGCAGUAAGCCUAACUCCAAUAGACAACAAAAUAUGGGGCCCUUAAAAAAUGUGGUCUUGUGGCUCAACUUUCCCCAUGUUAGGGAUAAGUUCAUCUAGCUGACAGGGUAAAUUGAGCCAUCUGAGAAAAACUUUUGUAUUAAACAUAUUUUUGAAGUAUAAUUUAACAUACAAUUAUUAAUAAUACAAUCCCCCCCAUACUGCUGAUUUUAUUGGUGUUCAUAAAUUAAAUUGGUCUACAUUUCUGAAACCUGAAGAUGGUUUGCCAGGUCU